AUGUUCGCUCUCCAUGCGUACCUGGUUAUCCUCUUCGGGGACAUGCCAGCCGUUGCGAUGCUCAUGAAGAUGAAGGGCCACAACGGCCAGUCACCGUGCCGCGCUUGUCGUAUCCGAGGAGUCCACGCACCAGGCGGCAAAACAUUGUACACACCCCUUCAUCGUCCCCCCGCGCCACUCGACCCGCUCAAUCUCCCCCUUCGCACCCACGAUACGAUGAUGCAGCAGGCACUCCAGGUGUCCGACCCCACCGUGUCUGCAGCCGAGGGAAACGCGCGCGCGAAGCGCUUCGGUAUCAACGGUGUCUCAAUUCUCUCGACCCUGUCCAGCAUCUCGUUUCCUGCGUCAUUUCCACACGACUUCAUGCACCUUCUCGAGAACAUCAUUCCUGCCCUCGUCUCUCUAUGGACAGGAACAUAUAAAGACAUCCACGGCGGCCGCGCUGACUACGUCUUCUCGGGCUCGGCACUGGAGGCAUUGGGCGAGGCGUGUGCGGCAUCGUCUCGUACAAUCCCUGCCGUCUUUGGGGCACGCAUCCCCAACAUUGCCACGCAGCGCUACCAGUUCAUUGCCGAGACCUGGAUCCUCUUCGCGACGUUGCUUGGGCCGGCUCUUCUCCACCGCCACUUCUCGAAGAAGGAAUACUACCAUCAUUUCGUCAACCUCGUCUCUCUAGUCAACUUAUGCUUGCAGCUCGAGUUGAGUGACGAAGACAUCCUCGCCAUUGAGCACGGAUUUGCGGCAUGGGUGAAGGAGUACGAGGAGUAA